UUCCGAGAAUACUCCACAGUUUACACUCACUCUCGUGUUUCCUUUUCUUUUUCUUCACAUUUUUCUCUUCUUUUCUCCAAACCCACGCAACACACAGAGUUCACUUCCCUAUUCAAUUCCACUCUCUUCUUCCCUUCAACAUUAGCUUCAUCUAGGUACCAUCGUUGAUGGCUUCUACGACGUCGUUUCUCCUUCCUCAUUCAGUUCCCAUUUCCUGCACCAGAAACCGUGCUCGGAAUUCUCAGCACUGCCAACUCUCCUUCCCCUUUUCCGCAAUACCCAUUUCCCUCAAAUCGCUUCAGUUGAACCAGAGGCACCAUCUUGCAAAUGGGUUUCACAGAAUUCGAAGAAACCCUCAGGGGUUCUCUGUUCGCUGUGAAGCUUCAAAUGGAAGGAUUACACAGCAAGAGUUCACGGAGAUGGCGUGGCAGGCGAUAGUUUCAUCGCCGGAGGUAGCAAAAGAAAACAAGCAUCAGAUUGUGGAGACAGAGCACUUGAUGAAGGCCUUGUUGGAGCAGAAGAAUGGACUUGCUCGCAGGAUCUUUUCCAAGGUUGGGGUGGAUAACACUCGGCUACUAGAAGCUACUGAUAAGUACAUUCAGCGGCAACCAAAGGUUCUAGGAGAAUCAGGUGGCUCAAUGUUGGGGCGUGAUUUGGAGGCAUUGAUUCAGAGAGCCAGGGACUACAGGAAAGAGUAUGAGGAUUCAUUUGUGUCAGUUGAGCACUUGGUUCUCGGUUUUUCCCAAGAUCAACGACUUGGGAAACAGUUAUUUAGAGAAUUUCAAGUAUCUCAGCAGGCUCUAAAAUCUGCAAUAGAGUCCAUUAGGGGACGCCAGUCGGUUAUUGACCAAGAUCCUGAAGGGAAGUAUGAAGCUUUGGAAAAAUAUGGAAAGGAUUUGACGGCAAUGGCUAAAGCAGGAAAACUUGAUCCAGUCAUAGGAAGAGAUGAUGAAAUACGCAGGUGCAUCCAAAUUCUUUCCAGGAGAACAAAGAACAAUCCUGUGCUAAUUGGUGAGCCUGGUGUUGGGAAGACUGCAAUUUCUGAAGGACUUGCUCAGAGGAUUGUGCAAGGAGAUGUUCCUCAAGCUUUGAUGAACCGUAGGCUUAUAUCCCUUGAUAUGGGUGCACUUAUUGCUGGAGCAAAGUACCGUGGUGAAUUCGAGGAUAGGCUGAAAGCUGUUCUUAAAGAAGUAACAGAAUCUGAUGGCCAGACUAUCCUUUUCAUUGAUGAGAUUCAUACAGUUGUUGGGGCAGGUGCCACAAAUGGUGCUAUGGAUGCUGGAAAUCUCUUAAAGCCCAUGCUUGGUCGGGGGGAGCUGCGCUGUAUUGGAGCAACAACACUGGAUGAGUAUAGGAAGUAUAUUGAGAAGGACCCUGCGCUAGAGCGUCGUUUCCAGCAAGUUUAUGUUGACCAACCUACCGUCGAAGAUACCAUUUCAAUACUAAGGGGACUGCGGGAAAGGUAUGAGCUACAUCAUGGAGUCCGAAUUUCUGACAGUGCACUUGUUGAAGCUGCAAUUCUCUCCGAUCGAUAUAUCAGCGGGAGAUUUUUGCCUGACAAAGCUAUUGAUCUAGUUGAUGAGGCAGCUGCCAAACUGAAAAUGGAAAUAACUUCUAAACCUACUGCACUUGAUGAGAUCAAUCGGGCAGUCCUGAAAAUGGAGAUGGAGAGACUCUCUCUCAUGAAUGAUACCGACAAGGCUUCUAAAGAUAGGCUGAGUCGUCUUGAGGCAGAGCUCUCUCUCUUGAAAGAGAAACAGGUUGAGCUGACUGAACAGUGGGAGCAUGAAAAGUCUGUCAUGACUCGUAUCCAAUCAAUCAAAGAAGAGAUAGACAGGGUGAAUCUUGAGAUCCAACAGGCUGAGCGGGAGUAUGAUCUUAAUCAUGCUGCUGAAUUGAAGUAUGGCAGCCUGAACUCCUUGCAACGACAACUCGAAACUGCAGAGAAGGAAUUAGAUGAAUAUAUGAACUCUGGGGAGUCUAUGCUGAGAGAGGAAGUUACAGGAAGUGAUAUUGCUGAAAUCGUAAGCAAGUGGACUGGUAUACCUGUUUCAAAACUCCAACAAUCCGAAAGGGAGAAGUUGUUGUAUUUAGAGGAAGUUCUCCACAGGCGCGUUGUAGGUCAAGACCCUGCAGUUAGGGCAGUAGCCGAGGCUAUCCAACGUUCUAGAGCCGGUCUCUCAGAUCCUCAUCGUCCAAUAGCUAGUUUCAUGUUUAUGGGACCUACAGGUGUAGGAAAGACAGAGCUGGCUAAGACACUUGCGUCCUACAUGUUCAACACAGAAGAAGCACUUGUACGAAUUGACAUGAGUGAGUACAUGGAAAAGCACGCAGUUUCAAGAUUGAUCGGGGCACCGCCUGGAUAUGUUGGGUAUGAAGAGGGAGGGCAGCUCACUGAAACAGUUCGUCGCAGACCGUAUUCUGUUAUUUUGUUUGAUGAGAUUGAGAAGGCACAUGCUGAUGUCUUCAAUGUGUUCCUUCAAAUUCUGGAUGAUGGAAGAGUAACCGACUCACAGGGCCGCACAGUGAGUUUCACCAACACAGUUAUCAUUAUGACCUCAAAUGUUGGAUCACAGUACAUUCUCAACACCGAUGACGAUAGUGUGCCAAAAGAAUCAACUUAUGAAACAAUAAAAAACCGGGUAAUGGAUGCUGCAAGGUCCAUCUUUCGCCCUGAGUUCAUGAAUAGAGUUGACGAGUAUAUUGUUUUCCAGCCUUUAGACCGUGAUCAAAUUAGUAGCAUUGUCAGAUUACAGUUGGAGCGUGUUCAGAAGAGAAUUGCAGACCGCAAGAUGAAAAUCCAUGUGACAGAUGCAGCUGUCCAAGUUCUUGGGAGUUUGGGGUAUGACCCUAACUAUGGUGCUAGGCCAGUGAAGCGAGUGAUUCAGCAGAAUGUAGAGAAUGAACUUGCCAAGGGUAUUUUGAGAGGAGAGUUUAAGGAUGAGGACACAAUAUUAAUAGACACUGAACUCACAGCAUUUGGCAAAGGUCAACUUCCCCAGCAAAAGCUAGUUUUUAGGAAGCUUGAGGCUGAGUCAGAACCCACCACUCGUGACAGCUUGGAACCAUCUCCUAGUACCAAUUGAACAAUGAUCCUGGUGUAGUCUCAUCUAAUAUCUAGUUUACAAUAUUUUCCAUCAACCUCUACACAAUCAAUUAUCCCUUGAAAGCAGUGUAAAUAUUUAUCUUUUUUAUUUUUUCCCCUAUCUGUUGAAUGAGUAGCAUCCUUAAGAAUUGCCUAAACAUACCCCAUCAUAAUGUUACUAGUGAUUUCAAUGAUCAA